AUGGCGGCCUUGGUAUAUUCGAUUUUGGCUGUCCCUACACAUAUUUAUCUAAUGUGGAACGCAAGUGUAUUUAUAGUAGUUAAUUUAGAACAAUGUACGGAAAACUUGAAGAGAAAAUGUUACGUCAAAAUUUUGACACGUUUCGAACAAACUACUUUGGAAAAUAGUAAAGAAAACUCUACUUACGAAGCGAAUUCAGAUACAUUAAAAAAACUAAUUCCAUGCAACAAAUUCUUUGUGAUUGGAUAUGUACGGAUUCUCUACGGCUUUUAUGUUGAAGGGGCAAUGUUUCUCGUUGCGUGCGCUUUAGCGAACAUACGCAGGUUGAGCAGCAGCCCAGUGGCGUGCAUGUCAGAGAACUAUAGACUCUUCCACAGCGCUGACUGCAUUGAGUGCAAUGAGAACCUACAUCGGCGG